AUGGCGAACCGUGAGUUCGUCUUCUUUUACGCACCAACAUGGGACUACCCACCAGAAGGACCGAUCAAGCUCGGCAACAUCAUCACAUCGGUUAAGAAGCCGCAUCUUCCGAUUUCCUGCAUCCCGCCGCUGGAGGAAGAUGGGAUCUUCAGAACGCAGAAGAGAAGCGUCAAGUAUACGAAAGAGAAGAUGCGAAGUGGGAAGUUCUCCAUCUUGACAAAGUUUCUGAGCAUUCUCGGUUUUGGCAUCGACGUCGGAGCGGAAGUUACCAAAGGCGAUGAGGAAUCCUUCAUUUUCAGCACUAUCGACACCACCCAGUUCAACCCUUCACUGACUUACCUCCAACACUCCAUCGAGAACACCAACGUCCGUCGUUUCCUGCAAGCCGCACGUUACCGUAAGCCUGUAUAUGUCAUCACCGGAAUUAAGGUCGUCAAGGGAGCCGAAGCCAACACCUCUAAGUCUAGGGGCAUUGGUGGCAACAUCGCCGUGGAGGUUGACGGUACCCUUCUCAGUGGCGGCACCGUUCCAGUUGGAGGAGGCCCCGGCGUAGAGGGAAAAGUUAAUGACAAGAAAGGGACCAGUUGGGGUGGCAGUAGCGACUUCGUCUUGCGUUCCGCGUCAGCCGGGUACUUGUGA